AUGAAUAUAAUUGGCUUCCUCUUCUACUUUGCUGCCAAAAUUUGUAAUAGUGAUAAUUAUUCUGAAGUGUCAUCAUUUGACCAAAAUAAUGUUAAUGACCUCAACUUAACUGAAAAUCUAGAUGAUAUUCCCUUUAAUGAGCUUAAUGAUGGACUACUUUACCCGGUAACAACAGAGAUGGCUUUUGAUAAUUGGAUAAAUUUUGAUGAAUGGCUUAAAAACUAUGGGUUAGAGCAAGGUUUUGCUUUUACGAUAACUCAUAGUGAGAAAGAUAAAAAUGAUGGGAUACCCCGGUGGCAUAUUUACGCAUGCACCAAAGGUAGAAAAUAUGUUGCAAGAAAAGAAGCACACACCAAAGAUAGUCAUAAUUCAGCCCAUAAUUCUGGUAACUGUCAAUUUCGUAUUAACGCCUACUGUCAGAAAAAUGACAAUAUGGUUUAUAUAACGAAGGUUGAAAGUCAGCACAACCAUAAACUUGUUGAUAACAUCGCUAUUCUUGUGCCCAGUUAUCGAAAGUUCACUCCUGAAAUGCAGGAUAAUGUAAGGUUACUUACAAUAUGUGGUGUGCGAUCUGUUAAAAGUGACACUGGUUCAGUAUAUCUUAGUCUCAUGAAACAACAGAAUGAAAAUCUCUCUUUCCACGUUGAUGCACAGUUUGAAGGACAAGACAAUCGUCUCGUAUGA